AUGACCACAAACACCCCGGAACAAGACAUCCACUCUACCCGCGAAGCAGACUACCUCCGCUUCAAACACUACGCCGCCCUAACCUUCCUAAUCGCCUCACCCGUGCUCAUCGCCCUGCCCCCCCGAAAGCUAGACCACCUGACCGUCCUCCUCGCCGGCGCCUUCUGCGUCUCCGCAAACCACCUCACCCGCGAACGCACAGGGCGCAGUAUCGUCGAGCGCAUCGAGGCACGAAUUUCUUCCACCCCGUCACUGGUCAUAGCCGAUCUCCCGAGCCAGCGAGCGCAGGAGGUCCAGGCGAAACUGCGUGCGGCGCGGGAUGCGCAGAUCCGUGAGGGAAGUCUAGUGGGGGAGGAGCUGGAGAGGUUGAAGGCGAGGCGGGAGCAGGAGAGGGGCGUUGCGGAGCGGAUUUGGAUGGGUGGGGAGACGGAGGGGUGGAAGGAACGGCGGCUGAGGGAGGAGCAGAAGGCGUUGGAGGAGGGGAAGGGGUAUGGGGAUUUGAUCAAGGAGCAUAUUUGGGAUGUGUGGACGUGGGGGCAGAAGGAUGGGGGGGAGGAGUCGAAGAAGGAGUGA